CGGGGUGGCAACGCCGCGCUAGUCACUCGCACGCAAAGAGCUCGCUGGAGAGAGAGAACGCUAACACAAAAGGAAAUAGUAGUUUUCCGUACGUAUCGAGCCCAGCCCAGAAAAGCGGAAAACUAAACCGAUUCGACAGCGGUUGCAAAUUUGAAGUAACUGAGUCAUCACCCCUCUGCACAACAUGCAAACCAUCAAGUGCGUGGUCGUCGGCGACGGAGCCGUGGGUAAGACAUGCCUGCUCAUCUCGUACACAACCAACAAGUUCCCGUCGGAGUACGUGCCCACGGUGUUCGACAACUAUGCGGUCACCGUGAUGAUCGGCGGCGAGCCCUACACAUUGGGCCUGUUCGAUACGGCCGGACAGGAGGACUACGAUCGGCUGCGUCCGCUCUCCUAUCCACAGACGGAUGUCUUCCUGGUCUGCUUUUCGGUGGUCAGUCCCAGUUCCUUCGAGAACGUCAAGGAGAAGUGGGUGCCCGAGAUUACACACCAUUGCCAAAAGACGCCGUUCCUGCUGGUGGGCACACAGAUUGAUUUGCGCGACGAGACCAGCACGCUGGAGAAGCUGGCCAAGAACAAGCAGAAGCCCAUCACCAUGGAGCAGGGCGAGAAGCUGGCCAAGGAGCUGAAGGCCGUCAAGUACGUGGAGUGCUCGGCCUUGACACAGAAGGGCCUGAAAAAUGUAUUCGACGAGGCCAUCCUGGCCGCCCUCGAGCCACCAGAGCCCACAAAGAAAAGGAAGUGCAAAUUCUUAUAAUUCUGCUUUCCCCACACGCGGUAUCCCUUUCAUUCUGGCUUUCUACUAUCGCAAUGACUCCUUCCCAGCCUCCCAUCGUCGAGAAGCAUUCAAUAUAUAGCCAUAUAUAUAUAUAAAUAUGUAUGUCUUGAUUUACGUUAUUCUGCAAUCGUUUCUGCCGGAGCGCAGCUUAGCCCAGUACUCCAUGAGCUAUUUCUCCUCGCCGCCAUCCGCCUGUAUCUCUCCAUCCCACACACCGUCUGUGUCUCCCCUUACGUGCGUCCGCGUAUCUGUUUCAGUAGUGUCCGUGCUCCAGUCUUGGAGCUCCAAUUACCCUGUAUUUCGGUCGGUUUCUAUGUUUUGUCCACUGUGACCAGGCGGCUGGGCAGUUGCCCCCAACUCGGGACAGUCUUCCGCCCCACAAGCUUCAGCCCCAAUCCACGCCAGGAUCCACUGUACUCCUGUCCAGCAGGCGAAAUCGAAUCGAAACCCAGCCGACUUCAUUCAUUUCUGCUCGCAAACAUGUUUUUGGCGCAAUUUUCGAAUUAAGUAAGGAGAGAAACCACAAUAUCAAUAUAGCGAAAACAAAUGAUUUAUAUAUAAAUAUAUAUAUAUAUUUCUUUAUAUAUAUAUACAACGAUUAAGGAGAGGCAGCAAAAAUAUAUACACUUACGAUAAACAAAACAAUCCAGAACAGAAUGUGGGGGGAUCCGAAAAGAACCAUGCACUUAUUCGUUUUGCCUCAGUCGAUGAAAUCCGAGGGAAUCCACGUCGAUAUAGUCCCGAUAGGAGCAACGUGCGAGGAUUAUAUUAAAUAUUUAUGAUAACUGAUCGCGUAAUGUUCAAACAGCGGAGGUCGGACGGAAUUCGCUAGCAUGCAGAUGUGAAAGUGAAGCUUAUUAUGUAAUAAAACUAAGCGUAUGAGUAUUGAAAUAUGAUUAAAAGUAAAUUAAAUGAACCUAAAGGAGAUAAAGGAUCAGCGGGAGAUGCGAGAACCGAACUAGGCGUUGCAACCACAACACAAACACACAUCUGAAAUCUACAAGCUAUAUAAAAGUAUAUAUAUAUUUAAAUAUGUAUAAUCCAUAAAGUAUAACAAACAAUAAAACAACGGCAACAGCAACAAACAUUUGUAUUGUAGUUCAGCGAAAAACGACAAAAGAUGAAAGCAAAAUACGAACUAAUGCAUUUUUUAAUAUUUUUAUAUGUAUACAUUAUCAAUUUUUACAUUUUUUUUCUAGACCUUAGUGAUUUAACAUUAUUGAUUUCAGAUAAUAUCUUAUAAUAAAACGAAAUCCAAAACGAAA